AUGGAGACGGUGCCUUUGAUUCGUGCCUUGGUUUUGGUGGCUUGUUUGUUGUUUCCAGCAUCAGUGGAAUGCAUGGUUCGACAUUACAAGUUCAAUGUGGUGCAAAAGAAAACCUCAAGAUUAUGUUCAAGCAAGCCCAUUGUCACAGUCAAUGGAAGGUACCCUGGGCCCACCAUAUAUGCUAGGGAAGAUGACACAGUGCUGAUCAAGGUGGUCAACCACGUCAAAUACAACGUUAGCAUCCAUUGGCAUGGAAUCCGACAACUGCGGACGGGUUGGGCUGAUGGGCCGGCGUACAUAACCCAAUGUCCAAUUCAACCGGGUCAAAACUAUGUGUACAACUUCACCAUCACUGGGCAAAGGGGCACACUUUGGUGGCAUGCACACAUCCUGUGGCUCAGGGCCACAGUCCAUGGCGCCUUGGUCAUCUUACCCAAGCUUGGGGUCCCAUACCCAUUCCCUGCACCCCAAAAAGAAGUCGUUGUAAUCUUAGGUGAAUGGUGGAAAUCAGAUGUGGAAUCUGUUAUUAAUCAGGCUUUGAAAUCUGGCUCAGCCCCGAAUGUCUCUGAUGCUCACACAAUUAAUGGCCAUCCGGGCCCGCUCUCUACCUGCUCCUCACAAGGAGGGUUUAAAUUACCAGUAAGACCUGGCAAGACAUACAUGCUAAGAAUCAUCAAUGCUGCGCUCAAUGAAGAGCUCUUCUUCAAGAUUGCCAACCACAAACUAACCGUGGUUGAGGUUGAUGCUGUGUACACAAAACCCUUCAAAACUGACACCGUUCUGAUAGCCCCAGGGCAGACCACAAACGUUCUUCUAUCAACCAACCAUGGCACAGGCAAGUACUUGGUUGCAGCCUCACCUUUCAUGGACAAUCCAACCAUCCUUGUAGACAACAAAACUGCCACUGCUACUUUGCACUAUAUGGGCACCCUCGAAAGCACUAGGACCACCCUCACAGCCCCACCUCCUCAAAAUGCCACACUAGUUGCAACAAAGUUUACAAAUUCCCUCAGAAGCCUGAAUUCAGUCAAGUUUCCUGCUAGGGUUCCAUUGAAAAUUGACCACUCUCUUUUGUUCACUGUUGGCCUUGGCCUUCACACUUGUGCUUCAUGUGCCAAUGGCAACAGAGUGGUGGCAGAUAUCAAUAAUGUCACAUUUGUGAUGCCCAAAAUCUCACUUCUUCAAGCACAUUUCUUCAACAUAAGUGGAGUUUUUACCGAUGAUUUUCCCGGAAACCCUCUGAAUCCUUAUAAUUAUACGGGUCCACAGCCGACGAAUAUGCAGACCAUGAAGGGGACUAGGCUUUAUAGACUUGCUUAUAACUCUACAGUGCAGCUUGUGUUGCAAGACACUGGGAUGAUUGCCCCUGAAAACCAUCCAGUUCAUCUUCAUGGGUUUAAUUUCUUUGAGGUUGGGAGGGGAUUGGGGAAUUUCAACCCAAAGAAGGAUCCAAAAAGAUUUAAUCUUAUUGACCCUGUUGAGAGGAACACAAUAGGAGUGCCAUCUGGUGGAUGGACUGCUAUUAGAUUCAGGGCUGAUAAUCCAGGAGUUUGGUUUAUGCAUUGCCAUCUUGAAGUGCACACAACAUGGGGGCUUAAGAUGGCAUUUGUGGUGGACAAUGGCAAAGGCCCAAAUGAAUCUGUUCUACCACCUCCAAGCGACCUUCCCAAGUGGUUUAGGGUCAGUUAUGAGCCUGAGAAGAUUAUUGUUGCUGCUGUAAGGGAGUGGUAUACGAUUAGCCAGGUUGGGGAUACAAAGGCUCAUAAAAUUCCUCUUUUUCUAGCUUGGGAACCUUUUGAGCUGGGACAGUUUAAGCUUAAUGUGGACGGGUCUAGCAGGUGUGCUUCAGGCUCUAUUGGUGUCGAAAAAGUGAUUCGUAAUUCCUUAGGGGAUUGGGUCUGUGGUUUUGCUGUGAACCUUGGUAAGGGCCAUAUCUACAAGGAAAGGAAUGCUGUGGCGGAUUGUUUGGCUAAGUGGAGCCAUAAUCUUGAUCUUGGGCUGUGUGUGCUUGAUGUUGCUUCAAACUGGCUUGAUUCUUUAUUAGUUGAUGACUUAUUAGGAGUUCCUAGAACUCGUUGGCCAGAUAACGGCUUCGAAAGGAAGGCGAUUAGGUGCCCUUCCUGGGAGAGAACGGCUCCGAGCCCCCUUUGUGAGGCAUCACACUCGACUGUAAAUGGCCUAGAGAAAUCCGAUAAAGAGAGUACUAGAGUGGAAGACAGGGUUGCCUUUAGUGCUUCAAAGGCCGUGAAGGCAACAUGA